AUUCUGGUCUGUCAGUCUCAAGACUCGAUGUAGCUGUCUGAACCAUCCCCUCCGCCUUUUCGUCCGGAGUCCCCUUCGGCGGUUCGUACGGCGUUCUGUACGGCGUUCUGUACGGCCUUUCACGCCCCUCUCUCCAAUCACCCCCCAUCGGCGUUUCGCACGGCCAAUCAUCCCUCCGCCUUUCAACCACAGAUCCCCCUCACGCAGACAGAUAUAAAUUUCCCUUCUACGAACACAUUCUUCCCAUCUCACCCCCAUUCCACGCCAACAUAAUAUCUUCGAAGCUGUUCACACAAUGGUCUCCCUCCCACAGGUCCUCGCCUCCAACGCCCGCAUCGCCACAUCCCUCCCUCCGGAUCUCGUCGCCGUCUUUGCGGGCGCGACGACCGGGAUUGGACGCGCGACACUGAAGGCGUUCGUCAAGUACGCUGUUGCGCCGCGGAUCUAUCUUUUCGCGCGGAACACGGACGCCGCGGCGCAGGUGGUGGGAGAGUGCACUGAGAUCAACCCGAAGUGCGAGAUUGAGGUCGUCAAGGUGGAUCUGAGCUCGAUGCGGGAGACGGAGGCGGCGUGCGAAGUGGUGCUCGCGAAGGAGCAGCGCGUGAAUCUGCUCGUGCUGAGCAUGGGGGAAGUCCGCGCGGACAGGGCCUUAUCCAACGAAGGCCUCCACCUCGUUCUCGCAACCGUGUACUACGCCCGCAUCCUCAUCCCCGCCCUCCUCCUGCCCCUCCUCACUCACGCCAGCACCCACACCCCGCUCGCCCGCGUCCUGGACAUCGCAGGCGGCACGAAGGAAGGCCCCGUGGACCUGGCCGACCUCGCAGCCCUGCGCCUCCCUAUGUCCAAGAUCCGCGGACAGCUGUCCAGCAUGCAUACACUUUCGCUAGAAAGUCUCGCGGAAAGGGCGCCGAUGGUGAGCUUCGUGCACGAUUUUCCCGGCGCGGUGGUGACGCCGUUGUUUGAGGGCGUCCCGGGGUGGGCGGGAUGGAUGAUGUGGGUGCUGGGGAUGUAUCUGCGCCUGUUUCAGCGAUGGGUUUGUGUGCCACUUGAGGAGUGUGCGGAAAGGCAGGUGUUUCUGGGGACGAGUGCGAAGUAUGCGGCAGGCGAGGGGGAUGCUGGUGGAGUGGAAUUGGCUGACGGUGUUGAGAGGGGCCAGGCAACGGAGCAGGUGAGAAGUUGUGUGUAUUCGGUUGAUUGGGAUGGGGAGGGGCCUGGGGAGAGGGUGUUGAAGUUAUUGAAGGGGUUGAGGAGAGAAGGCGUCAGGGAGGUGGUUUGGGAGCAUACGAAUGGGGAGUUUGAGAGGAUUAGGAGGGGGAAGGGAUUUUAG